GAGCCACCGAGUAGAAGAGGAUUGAUUAUUAAUCUGUUUUCUAACUUAACAAUUGAAUUCAUAUUAAGGAGCUGGGAAAGAUCUGGUCAUUUAUCGCUCACUACAACCAAGAAAACUUUUAUGUUUAUGACGGGUAGUGCUGCCCUGUUCUAUUUAAUGCGAUUAGAAGGAGAUAAAGCAACUAGAACACCGCUAUUGUGGUUAUUUACUCCUGAAAAAGUCAAACGGAAAACAGACAAUUCAAAAACGAUUUGCCCACACGAUGGUGAUUGUUGGAAAUAUAUGUUGAAGGGUUCGGCGACAUACUUCGUAAUUGGUGCCGCUGUGAGCCUGGCUCAAGUUAUUUUACCAAAAAUUACAUCUCCUUUAAAAGCAAUGGCUUCAAUCCGUGUAUCACAUUUAAAAUUGGCACUUUUCUUUGGAAGUUAUAUCGGUAUUUAUAGAUCUGUGAUAUGUUACUUGUGUCAAAAGCGAAGGGUUGACUCAGCCCUAUACGCCUUGCCGGCCGGGUAUUUGGCUGGCCUGUCGUUCAUAUUUAAACCGAGCCUAGGUUUCGCGAUAGCCUCUUUGACGGGAGCUUUUAAAUUGUAUUCCACUAUACUUUAUGAAAAGAAGAUAUUGCCGGAGAACAUUCCGCUGCCAGUCAUAUUGUAUUGUCUAUGUCAAGGAACUCUCUUCCAUGCUCGCUUUAUGCAUCCUGAUGUGUGUCCGAGUUAUGUUUUCAAACUAAUGAAAUCAGUCAGUAAUGGCACAUCCGAACAAAUAUAUUCCAACUUUUUGGAGAUUCUCAAGAACCAAAACUGAUUUGUUUUAUAUAUUAUAAUUUGUUUUUUUUAUGGUAUAGGUACUGGGUGGAGUGGUUUAUUAAUGUGAUAUUUUUGUUAAAUUCUAAAGGUUUUAUUGUUAAAAGUUAGUUAAAAAGAUAUAA